CCUACACACCUUUUCUACAAGACAUGUUUUUGUUAUUCAGCUACGCCUCGACAGCUGAGCCAACUGUGUCGUCAGAGCAUUAGGAAAUGUGUCGGCCGCGACAGACUGCACCUCCUCUCGCAUCUUCCCCUUCCCAGCAGGCUCAAAAGCUUCCUGCAGUACCAGUGACAGAACAGAGUCGUCUGUCUGGGACUCACAAGCACGUCAAUUUGAAGUAAAGACGCGAUACCAAUGGAAAUUAGAUUAAGCACAGAGAAGCACAGCUAUUCCUCACGUGUGAUUUCGGAUCAGUGAGAUUUGCUGACAUGUAGAGGUGAGGAAGCACAAGUAAGGUUUUCACUGUGACAAUGCAAUUCAAAACCAACUCUCAGAAAUGAAACAAACCAGGGGCCUGUUAGUGUCCUCGGCUCUCAGGAGAGUCAAAUGAAUAAAUGCAUUAUUAAUAUUAAAGUAAUACAAGGAAGUUGAAUUUGAAAUUGGUCGCAGAAAGGAGACCUUAUUUCAUUUUCAUUAUAUUCUUAAAGUACUACCUAUUUGCAGCUCUAAAAAGCAACUUGUAUUUGCCCUUGCACGUGUCAAAGGUUUUUGUUUCAAUGCAACUGCACUUUUGAUGAUAUGAUAAUAAAUGAACAUGAUCUGAGAUUCAUGUGUGUUCUUUCGUUCUGUAAACGCAUUUGAUUUUAAUAUGAGUUAAAGCUCGUUUAAUAUGGAGGAUUCAUGUUGUUUCUUUGCAGCUGCUCCGGGUGACAACCAGCAGGUGGCAGCAGCCCGCGACUGUCUUGGUGCCGCCAUGAUAGAAGAAGAGUUAGCUCCUUUAAUAGCGCACUGACGCGAUCAAAGCGCAUUAAAGUCAAACUUUCAAAAGCGACAGCUUGCGUCUCUAAAGGAAGAUGGACGCCGCGCACGACUACUGCAGCAGGGUCAUAAAGUAUAUAUAUACAACUACAGCAAGCACAUCUCUACCUAAGAUCAUAAGCAGCAAGAGCAUCGGUGCGUGUUUGGUAGCACAAGUACAUGUGAGUACUUGGUGAAAUGAGAGCAUCACUUGAUCUUUAUGGAACCACAUGCCUUAUGCACGUUGUGCUAACAUUUACGGAUUGCCAAGAGAAGUUGUGCAGUGGCUGCAGGGUCUCAACUUGGCCGCUUACCCCGGGAAUUUGCGCAGAGAUUUUUCAAACGGUUUCCUUGUGGCAGAGAUACUCUCUUUUUAUUAUCCCACUUACUUCCAAAUGUACCAAUAUAAAAACGAGUCGUCUGUUGCCGCCAAGCAGUGGAACUGGAAUAAGAUAAAACAGAACCUAAGGAAGUUGAAUCUGUCCCUGAUGAAGGAGGUUGUCGAGGGAACGAUUCACUGCAAACCUGGAGCUGCUGAACUGAUGGUGCAGCAGCUGUAUUCGAUUUUAACUAAGAACAGCACAAGUGAACUCCAGAGUCCUAAUCUGGAUUUCACAGACCGAAAGUACCAGGAGCAGCUGCCCUACGUGGCCCGGUCCACAGCCAUCAUGUCCGUCAGAAACAAUCUGACAAAUUCGGAAAUGUUGGCCAACCCUGACAAACGAACGAACCAGCGCAAGGCUGAGACGAUCCUCGACAGACACCAGAAGAACAAGGCUGCGGACAAAGUUCUCUUCCCUGAACGCUUCAAAAUCAAGCCUCAUCUUCAAAAGGCAGUGUUGAAAAAUGUUGAGCGCCCCAAGCGGGAAGAAAAGCCACCCCUUUACUGCAGUCCUCCCAGAGUGGUGGCGACCAGCCGUGUCACCCCCACCACCAAAGAAGCUGAUCCAGGUGCAAGCCAGCCCAAGUGCCCGAAACGCGCGUCCCCAGUGCCAACUGCAGCCCAGCCUGGGACCCUAAAAGCUUCUCCCAAGCCAGAUGAGCCAUGUACCUCCAGUGUGUUCUGGGUCCACCCCGGCGCUGCCUAUCAGUUGGACGUGCACAUAAAACCUAUAACAGCAGGACCAUGGGAGGAUCCUUAUCACAAGCCUGAGCUUCCCUUAGUCACAGCCUUUGAUGUGAAAGAGAAGCAGCUGUAUUCAAAGCUUCUCCUUCACCACAAUGCGCCUGGUCAGUGCUGCGUCACUAGGUGGCAGCAUCUCCCUACCUGUUCCACACCAGACCUGGCGGCCAGACAGUCCUUCACUGUGUGUAUUCCAAGAAAUCAUCAACCAUCUGCAAGAUGCUAGAACUUGGCUCUUUUGGUCUGAGACUUUUUCAGGGACAGGUUUUCUCAACAUGUGAAGGGAAAUGGUGUCCAUCAUGCUCAGUGGUGCAGAAGAGCACCUCUGUGAAUGUGAGGACUGAGCAGUGGAAGUGCUUUAGACGUCAGGGUUUGACAUAUCAGCGGUCACCGGUGAACCCGGCGCAACCUCCGAUCUAAUACCAAAAGGCUAUGUGUAAAUGUUCCUCAAGAGGGUUGCCAGGGUAACCGAUUUGCCCAUUGGCUCCUUGGCACAUUGUCAAAAGCCAUGUGGUAUCAAACCUGUGACCUUGCCUGCACAUCAGCCUUUAAACCUUCAGUGCAGGGUGAAAACUCAUUGUAAGUAAAGUGGAGAAUUGUGUCUAAUACACAGUUUUUUUCAAACAAUUAAAAUGUACAUUUAACAUGAUAUGUUUAUGAAAUUCUUUCUUUUUUUGAUUCUGCUCAAUUCCUUCU